AUUUCACUGUGACUGUCGACAGGAGCCCAUAGCGCAUUGUGCGCCGUCGACUGGGAUGUGGUGACAGUGGGGGAAGUCAGACCAGACUCUCUCGCAGCGCUCCUCUCCAAUGCAGCCAGUAGUUGGGGGUUAAGCUUAUCGCUUCGCACAGCUCUUGGUUCAGCUUUACGGCACAGUGGUGCACCGUCUUUGGACUUUCCAUCUUAUGCCAAUGAGACUCAGCGAGAGUUGCUUUUCACAUUUCAGGAGUAUUGGCUCUGGAUACUCUGUUCACUGCGAGUCACUUUCAGGUACAAAGAGAAUCUGAUGAGCCUGGCGAGUGCAGGAGUGUCCACAGCUGGCUUUCAGGGUGGGGCAGGCCAGCAAGACCUGAUGAUGGAGCAGAAAGUCAGUAAGAUGAACUUGGGCUUCCAACGCAGCUCCACCUCUGAUGAUGACUCAGGCUGUGCCUUGGAGGAGUACUCCUGGGUACCACCAGGCCUGAGGCCUGAGCAGGUCCAGUUGUUUUUCUCUUGUCUGCCUGAGGACAAGGUCCCCUAUGUGAACAGUCCAGGAGAGAAGUUCAGGAUCAAACAGCUCCUCUACCAGCUACCGCCACAUGAUAAUGAGGUGCGCUAUUGUCAGUCCCUCAGUGAAGAGGAGAAGAAGGAGCUACAUAUGUUCAGUGUCCAGCGGAAGAAAGAAGCACUCGGCAGGGGGACAGUGAAACUGCUCCCUCGAAAUCUACAGAACAGCAUUUGUGAGCAAUGUGGAGAAAACAUCAAUGGUGGGGAAAUGGUAGUGUUUGCCACAAGGGUGGGGCCUGGGACGUGCUGGCACCCUGCAUGCUUCGCCUGCUCCACAUGUAGGGAACUAUUGGUGGACUUGAUUUACUUCUACCACGAUGGAAAGAUCCACUGUGGAAGGCACCAUGCUGAGCUGCUCAAACCACGCUGCUCAGCCUGUGAUGAGAUUAUCUUUGCUGAUGAGUGCACAGAAGCAGAGGGGCGUCACUGGCAUAUGAAGCACUUCUCCUGUUUUGAAUGUGAGACAAUUUUGGGGGGUCAGCGAUAUAUUAUGAAGGAUGGAAGACCAUACUGUUGUGGCUGCUUUGAGUCUCUGUAUGCAGAGUAUUGUGAAGCCUGUGGAGAACACAUUGGUGUGGAUCAUGCUCAGAUGACCUACGAUGGGCUCCACUGGCACGCAACUGAAAGCUGCUUUAGCUGUGCUCAAUGUAAAAGCUCUUUACUGGGCUGCCCCUUCCUGCCUUAUCAAGGCCGCAUUUACUGCUCCAAGGCCUGCAGUUUGGAUGAAGACGUGCAUGCCUCUGACUCCUCCGACUCUGCUUUUCAGUCAGCACGCUCACGUGAAUCCCGCCGUAGUGUGCGCAUGGGCAAGAGUAGCCGUUCAGCUGACCAGUGCCGUCAGUCACUCCUCUUCUCGCCCUCUGUCAACUACAAGUUCCCUGGCUUCAGCGGAAAUGCUGAUGACACCCUGACCAACAAACUGGCCCACAUGAACUUAUCUGAUGAACAUUUCUGGAGGGGACGAGCUGAGGAGACUGAAGCACCUGAAGACCAGGAAGAGGAGUGGGCUGAGCAUGAAGACUACAUGACUCAGUUGCUGCUGAAGUUUGGGGAACAUGGAGUGUUCCAGCAGGCAAAUGACUCCAGACAGACAGAUUUCUGGAUAGCAGAAACUGAAAUCAAGUCCAAAAAGGAGUCUGUUAAAGCCAGCAGUGUCAGCGGAGGAGGUGGAAGGGGGAGUCUAGCCAGUAAGAAGUACCAGGCUGACAUGUAUUGGGCCCAAUCACAGGAUGGGCUUGGGGACUCGGCCUAUGGUAGUCACCCAGGUCCAGCAAGCAGCAGGAAGAUCCAGGAACUGGAGAUGGAUCAUGGAGCUGGAGCAAGUUUCCAGGGAGAGGAGCCACAAUGGUACAAUGACUCUUUGGAGUGCAUCACUGAUGAGUUCAAAAAGACUGAUCAAAGCGUCAGAGACUCCAUGGACUCACUGGCUCUCUCUAAUAUUACAGGGGCUUCAGUUGAUGGCGAUAGUAAGGAUCGAGCAUUGGUAUAUUCCUUGCAAGGCUUUCAUGAACUGGAGACAGAGGACUGUGAGAAAACCAGUAAUAUGGGAACACUGAACUCUUCCAUGCUACACAGAAGUGCAAAUUCGCUUAAGAGCCUUGUGUCUGAGCAGGGGGAGGAUGUAGAAAAUGUUGCAGAAGAGGAGGUUCCUCUCUCAGAUGACAGACCCAAACCUCAUGUCCCUGCCCUCAGGAGGACACGCUCACAAUCUAAACCUCAGCAAGUUAAAUUCUCUGAUGAUGUGGUGGACAAUGGCCAUUAUCAUGACCUUCCAGUUCGCCAACCCCCAAUGAGUGAACGGACUCGCCGCAGAGUAUACCACUUUGAGGAGCAGGGUCAGGAGUUUCACUCUGGUCGCCGCCAUCACCAUCACAGGAGGCGUCGCAGCCGUAAGUCUCGCUCUGAUAAUGCUCUUAACCUGCUGCCUAAGGAAAGGGCUCAAAUGUGCUACAAAGUGGACUACAGAGGGAAUGCUCUUGGCCCCAAAGGGCAUCAUGCCUUCCAUGGACACUCAAACAAUCCCACCAUGUCAGACUACACGCUGCAGGGCCCAGCUAUGGGAGGGUUCUUGGGCUUGUAUGGAGAUGAUGAUGAUGACUGGUGCUCCACAUGCUCUUCCUCAUCUUCUGACUCAGAAGAGGAGGGUUUUUUCCUGGGUCAGCCCAUUCCUCAACCCAGGCCCCAUAGACACUACUACACUGAUGACUUGCCAAGCCCUGUGGCAGGAAUGUCCUCAUCUCCUUAUGGUCAACGGACUAAGUCCAAAAAGAAGAAAGGACACAAGGGGAAAAAUUGUAUAAUUUCAUAG